CGCUGCUUCUCUCCGCUUCUUUCUCCCUCAGUCUCGGUCUUUCUCAGGCUCGGUGCUGUCUCCGUUCGUCCCUCGCCCAGCCGUCUGGUGGCCCGAGGUGGCAGCGGGCCCGGCGCGGGGCGCGAUGAGCGGCGCCUGCACGAGCUACGUGAGCGCCGAGCAGGAGGUGGUGCGUGGCUUCAGCUGCCCGCGGCCGGGGGGCGAGGCGGCCGCCGUCUUCUGCUGCGGCUUCCGCGACCACAAGUACUGCUGCGACGACCCGCACAGCUUCUUUCCCUACGAGCACAGCUACAUGUGGUGGCUCAGUAUUGGAGCCCUUGUGGGCCUGUCCAUAGCAGCAGUGGUUCUCCUGGCCUUCAUUGUCACUGCCUGUGUGCUCUGUUACCUGUUCAUCAGCUCAAAGCCCCACACGAAGUUGGACCCAGGCUUAAGCUUACAGCCUACAGCCUGCUGUUUUCCAGACCCCAAGGAGGAGGCGCCCCCUGACUGCCAAGGUGGGAAUACAGGCACUUUGAUGGAAGUGCCAGGAGUGAGCGCUCUUGGGCAGAAUCACCCUUUCCUGAACCCACGGCUGGACUGCAAUGAGGAGCAGGCUAUGGACCCCAAGUGCUUUCUCCAGCACUGCUUCAUGGCCACAGUGACUGUCAGCGACAUUCCAGGCAGCCCUGAGGAUGCCCCUGUCCCAAAUCUAGACCCACGUGGACCAGCCCCAUAAACAUCGAAUAAAUGUCUCUACAUCAUC